AUGUCAAGGCCUAUGCUACUUGUCUUUCUGCUGCUUAUAUUCAUAAUCACCUCCCAGUUUGAAUGGAGACAACAACUUGUAAAUGAUAUUGACCCAACUCCUGGGAUAACAUCUAGACAGCAACAACUAUCAAAGAGGGAAGAAGCUGUCAAGGAGAAGAUUAUCCUUUCACAAGAGAAGAACAUUCACAAGCUGAACGAGCUGGUUCGGGACCUUAGGAAGCAACUAUCAGAAUGCAAGUGCAACAACGAAACGUCGACUGCAACUGCAAAUAGUUUGACCGAACAUGUUAUCGAACUCGAAAGACAGCAGUUUCUAGAGGAUUAA